AGGUGUUCUGGCCAGCAUAAUAUAUCCAAUCUAAUAGAAAAGAGAAAGAUAGAAACACACUUCCUACCGUUAUCAAAAGGGUAGCAGAAAUAAACUAUUGUAUGAAAAUUUUAUACGAAAGUAGAGCAUGUCCAAGUGUUUUUGAUUAAUAUUGUGCUGGGGCCUGGGACCAAGAAGGAUAUAGGUUUACGGUCAGCUCACUGAACUAAAUUAUACUUCAGUGGGUAUAAGCUUCAUGAGGCGACCGGUUACCAUAGAUAUAGACCACAGAAUAUUAAAAUUUCAACCCAAAAACUAUUUUGGAACCCAUUUAAAUGUCAAAAUUUUUGUAAAAUACUAAAAUGAAUAUAAAUAUGUCAUUUGGACAACUGGACAAUUUAAUCGAAAGUUAUGCAUCAGAAUUACAUCAAUACCAAGAUCUAUUCCAAAAUCAGGCGCUCGAAUUAGAGGAACAAUUUAUGGAAAGUGUAGAAAAUCAGGAAAAGCUAGCUGAACUUAAUUCCAGAAUGGGUGUUCUUCAGUGUCUUAAUUAUCAGGUAGAUCAAGAAAUUGAAAAGGCAAAUGGCCUUCUUGGCGAGUUCAGGAAGAAAAUAGAAUAUCUUGAAACGGAAAUCAAUCUGCAUUGUGAAAACGUGAACGACGAGUACAGAGAGAAACUGUAUGGAACAGCAAACACUGUUAGAACUUUGAUUCAUAACCGCAAGGAUGAGAUUGAACAAAUGAAGGAUAAUUCUAGAGUUAUGUGUGUAGCAGCAGGUCAAGAUCCAAAAUUAGAAACCAUUGCAAAAAUCAUGAUGAAGUUAUUGGAAGCCCUUGAAUUUGCCGAAGAAAAUUUAGAAAAAAUGAAAAGUUACAUUUAUUGCAUCAAUUGGAAAUACCGGGAACUGGAAAAAAUUGCUCCAAAAAGAUAAGGCUAUAACGUUUUGAAUUAGAUUACGUACCUAACUAUCUGUUGACUUAUCCCUUUAAUAAAUAAAACGUGACUUUCAAUCUGAGAUAAGAUUGUUUAUUAUAUCUCUCG